AUGAAUCUUGAAAAUUUAAAAACCGUGGAAAUUUUUGGUAAUAGAACUAUUGGUAUUUGUCAAAAUUUAUAUUCAAAAAAUAUAUCAAAUUCAAUUAUUGACAUUCGUUAUGUAAGUGGUAAAAUAGAUAAGUUGCAAGAAGAUUCAUUAAAUUGUCUUCCACAAAUUGAAAUAUUAAUGAUAACCAAAACAAAUCUGAUGACAAUUCAAGUUGGUGUAUUUAAUUUACUAAAUAAUCUCAAAUACAUAAACUUGUCAUGCAAUAAAUUAACUACUAUUCCAAUGAAUUUGUUUGAUAAUCUCAAAAAUCUUGCUGUAAUUUUAUUAAAUAACAAUGAAAUUAAAAACAUUCAAGAUAAAACAUUUACGUUACCUGGAAUUGAAAGUAUAAAGCUAUUAAAUUUGAGUCAUAAUGAAAUUAAUAUUAAAAGUGAUACUUUUGACGGUGUUAAAUGUGAUCAAUUAGAUUUAUCAUACAACAAAAUAAGUCAUAUUGAAAAUAAUGCAUUUGAAGAUACCAACAUCAAACAACUAUAUUUGCAUAAUAAUUUUGAGAUCAGCGUUAUCAAUCCAGCUUGGAGAAUUCCUAAAUUUACCAUUGUUCAAAUGUACGAAGAUUAUGUUGUUGAAUUUUAUCCAUCACGUGGAUAA